AUGGGUUCUUCAGAAGGUAACAAGAUGAACGACGGCACCAGCUUCCAGCCGUCGGAGCCGGUUCUCUGCGCCAACGGCUGCGGCUUCUUCGGCACGGCGGCGACGAUGGGUCUUUGCUCAAAGUGCUACAGAGAUUCACGCAUGGAGGAAGAAAACGCCGCGUCGGCUAAAGCCGCCAUGAAAAAGUUCGUCACGCCUCAACAAGUAGAUAAAGUUGGCCCGUCGGAACAGGCGGCUCCGGCGGAUGUUAAAGAAAAACCAGUUGAAAAGGCGGCGGCGGCGGCGGGGAGUAAUAGAUGCUGGAGUUGCAACAAGAAGGUCGGGGUUAUGGGUUUCAACUGCAGAUGUGGUUGUACCUUCUGUGGGACCCACAGGUACCCGGAGAAGCAUGAUUGUAACUUUGAUUUCAAGGGAGAGGCUAAAAACGCAAUUGCAAAGGCGAACCCUGUGAUCAAGGCUGAUAAAAUCGAUAGGAUCUGA